GACGGGUUGCUUGGAUUGUGGGACAUUCUUUUGUCUUCUGGGCCGAGAGGAGGGCCGCAGCUCGAAUGCAGGGCCAGCAGCUGGGCUUUCCGAAGGACCAGUUGACAGUCCGAUGGUUUGGGUACAGGGGAUUUUUGCUGGGGGGAGGUUUGUGGGGCAAUGUUUAGGAUGGUGGUGGGCGGGAGGACACCGGACAUGGUGGUCCUUCAUGCUGGGG